AUGGCGUAUUAUUCUGAUGAAGUAGGGUUCCUUGAACUUUUCAAGAGAGUGCAAGUUUGCCAACAGCGGAGAAAUUUUCCUUCUAUAAAUUUUAAACCUUUGCAAAUGAAAUGCCUGGAGUAUUUGCUUAAAGGAUGUGAUGUUAUUGGCGUACUCCCGACAGGUUUUGGGAAAUCUAUGCUUUUCCAUCUGUUGCCAGAUCUAAUUCCCGUAAAAUCACGAAAAAAUAUAGUAAUUGUGAUUUGUCCUCUAAACUCUAUUGUGGAAGACCAGCUGAGGGUGCUGAGUGCAAUAAAUAUUUCCGCUGGGGUCAUACAAUUUGCCAUUAACGAGCGGAAACCGGCUGAAGACUUGUUCACGGAAGGUAGUGAAAAUCGCAAAAUUCACUUGAAGGAAACGCUGAUGGAUAUAGAACAAGAAAUAGUAAAUGGCAAUACUUCCAUUGUAUUUGCACACCCGGAAGCCCUGUUGAAAUCUAAAGGAAGGGAACUGAUGGGAAGUAAAGUGUUUCAAGAGAACGUUGUUGGUUGUGUAAUAGAUGAGGCUCAUUGUGUCGAGUUAUGGGGGAAAGAGUUUAGAAAAGAUUUUGGUGAACUGUCUAUUUUAAAAGCAUUUUUCCCUAAUGUUCCAACCCUGGCUUUAACAGCUACAGCCCCACCUCAUUUAUUAAAUGAUUUAAAACACAAACUCCAAUUGAAAAAAGACUGCAAGAUUGUUACAGUAAACCCAAACAGAGAGAACAUAUAUCUUGGAAAGAAAGUACGUUCAAGUGAUCACAAAAAGUUUGAAAGUUAUAAUGAAAUUCUGGGACCUGUUGCAAAGGAACUAUUGAUUAAAAAGAAAACUACCCAAUGA